AACAAAUUAAGAGGAUAUAAUAUGGGUUUUGAUGAUUUUAGCAAGGAUGAUGAAGGUUCACUUCCUGGGUUUCGUUUCCACCCCACUGAUGAAGAACUUGUAGGUUUCUAUCUGCGCCGGAAGCUUGAUAAGAAACCCAUUAAUCUCGAACUCAUCAAACAGAUUGAUAUCUACAAAUAUGAUCCUUGGGAUCUUCCAAAAGGCAGUAGUAGUGGAGGAGAGAAGGAGUGGUACUUCUUUUGCAAAAGAGGGAGGAAAUACAGGAAUAGCGUAAGGCCCAACAGAGUCACUGGCUCUGGGUUCUGGAAAGCAACUGGGAUAGACAAGCAAGUGUUCUCACUCGGAGGAGAAGGCAAUGACUGCAUAGGACUCAAGAAAACACUUGUUUACUACCGUGGCACCGCCGGCAAAGGCACCAAAACUGAUUGGAUGAUGCACGAGUUUCGCCUUCCCUCUGAUCAUGACAUCAAUAACAACGCAUCUAUUGCCCAAGAAGCUGAAAUUUGGACAUUGUGUAGAAUUUUAAAAAGAAAUGUAACGCAAAGGAAGUACACACCAGAUUUGAGACAAUUAGCUUCUAAGCGACUUUCCAGUGAUAAGAUAACAAGAAUGAGAAGUGUGGAGUUUAACACAAAUGGAGAAGCAUAUAUCAAUUUUGGUACAAGCCUUGGCCAUCAUGAAAAUGAUCGUAAGCCAGUGGUAAAAAACACAAGCAGUGAUCAAAGGCAUCAGUUUCAUGUAGGUGAGUUGAGCUCCCCCGUGGCACACCAAACUCAAUUAACAGCACCUUCAUCAAACUUCUGGAUUAACCCUGAAGCGAACGACUUCUUCGCGUUUGAGAAUUGGGACGAGCUUGGAUCGGUUGUGAAAUAUGCUGUUGAUUCGUCUACGAUUUAAAUAACCGUGUUAUUUCUUGAGUAUUAGUUAGAAUACAUUAGGAAUACAUAGAAGUAUAUCUACAUCUAGCCAGUGAGAGAGAGAGGAGUGGUUUUGUGUAAGAGAGUGGUUAAUUAGUAUUAUCGAACUUGUAAUUUUGA